CAUUGGGGUUAUGGAGUUCGGCCAGACGUUGCAUAUAUUCCUUGAUUCACCACUUAACCCAUAAGCCUUCUCUUUAUUGCUAAUUUUACACUGCAAAAAUUAAAGAAACGGUACAUCAUACACUCUCUGCCUUACCAAGCGACACUAGUUUGGUCCCGUUGAUGUGCUUGCUUCUCUACCCUUUUCGCUCGGAAAUCAUGCAGAAAUUGUCCGUUCAAAAACUUGAGAAACUAUCAUCAAGACCAGUAAUUCUCAUCCUCCUCUUCUACUACUUGGUUAUGAUGGUUCCAGCUAGAGGCUCUCAUGUGACUAAUCAUGUUAUUGAGGAGGAUGAUGAUGAUACGAAGCGAGAUGAGACAUCAUUGGGAGUCUCCAGGAAACGAUUAGAGCCCCUGCACAGCGCUACCGAAUACAGACUAGUAACAGCAUCAAUGGAAUUGGAAACAGAAUUAGCAGCUGGUUAUAAUAAGUCUACGAUGUGGUUGUGGUCGCAGCAGCAUCAGCAACAGAAUGUGGCGCCUUUUCAAUUGUGUCUGGCUUGCAAGUGUUGUAUGUCGUCGAAGGCAGAGCCCAGUAGCAACUGCACAAGCAUGCCUUGUUGCUUUGUUAUCGACUGCCAACUCCCUAAUAAGCCUUUUGGAGUUUGUGCUUUUGUACCCAAGACCUGCAACUGCACCUCAUGUGCUACUCCUCUCCUCUAAUAUUGUGUUUGGUCAAGUUUUUAAAAUCUACUUAUUUUAAAAAUUGCUUUUCCUUAGAAGUGUUUUUGCAAAAAGUACUUUGGAGGAUA